GUGAUUUACAGCGUUUAACAAAGUAAAUACCAAAACAAAACUAAUUGUCAUUUAGUCGCAACAGCUCCCCCUGCCGCUUGGCGUCAGGAAUAGCUGGCACUGAACGUUUUACUUGCAACGUACUUGUACUAAAAGUGAUAUUCUGAAGACUAAUAAAUGUCCGUAUUGUUCUUAUAAACACUUUAAAACUAUAGAAAAGAUGAAGCUCAAGAAAUUGCUUCGAUGUUGACCAGAUUAUUGAUCCUGAAGACAUAAAUGGUAAUAUUCCACUGACCUGUUAUCACCACCUUCAUGUCUGCAUGUUGCGUUAAACUGAUGCCAUUUAAAUGAAGAGAAAAAUUAAAGCAUAACUUUAACUGAGACAAACUCAAAGAAAUGAUGAAACUUUUGGAUUUUCAAACAGACAUUUGAUCAGCAGAUUAAAAAAUACCAGAAAAAAAACAAUAAUUCAUAUAAUUUCCAACUAACAGAUCAGAACAUAUUUCUGGUAUUUUUACUGUAUGUUGAAAUUCAAAGCAAAUAUUUCAGGGGAAAAAAGAUUUUAAAAAACCUGCAUUUGUUAUUAAAUCUAUAUUUAGUUGGUUCAUAAGCCUGUUAUAGUUGCACAUUUUCCUGGUAAUAAAUGUGGUGAUAAAGGAUCAAAUUGUUGUUUUGAGACCAUUUUCCAGUGAUAUAAAAAUGCAAGAGCAGAUUCUCAAAGAUCAGUAAACUUUAAAUUAUCAAGAACAUUUAACACAUUUAACAUUUAAAUGAACAAAAUAAAUGAACUAUGAAGUUUAUGGAAACUAAUUUAUCCUUCAAAAAACACAAAGAGAACCAGGCUGAAAACAAAACAACCCCAGAAAUAAAUCCAGUUGACCUCUGGCAGAAGGUCACACACACACGCACACACACACACACACACACACACACACACACACACACACACACACACAGAGGUUCUGGUUCUGAGUGACUGACUCUCGGAACCAGAACCUCCAUCCUGGAUCCUCUGACUGGGGGAACGUUGAAUAUUUCCCCGGAGACACAAAAAGAAAAGCUCCUUCCUUUCUCCUGCCCCGUUUACCGUCUCCGGUUGCCAUGGCCACGGUUACCGAGGGGCCGGCCGGCCGGCAACCGGAGAAAGGAAACCCGAGCAGCAGAACCUGGAAGCCUCCAUCUUUAAUUCAUGGAGCGAAUGUUUAUCAGCGGCUCCGGGUCCGUGUUUCCAGACCCAAUCCGUCCGUCCAGCCGUCUGAAGCCCGUCUGACCCGUCUGGGCUCGGCGCCGGGGGAGGGGCGGCUCUCCGUUCAGACGGACUCUUUGUUCCCAGCGGACCCUCCAGGUGCAGCCAGCUCCAUUCAGGAUCUGGAAAACCGGGAGUUUCUUCAGCAGGACUGACUGUGGACCCUGAAGCCGGCGGUUCUGACCCGGAUCGAGGCCGGAGCCCGGUUUCACUGUUGGAGCAACAACAGCGGGUCGGAUCAGGUUCCGUCACCCGAGCAGCAGACAGUCGGAUCAGGGUUCUGAACGGGGCCGGGAUGUCCGGACGGGUCCGGAGGAGAACCUGAACAUGGCCGCCUGCGGACCGUAGAGCAGCCAGCAGAACCAGUCCGACCAGAGUUCCCAGCAGUCGUUCCAGAAGAGUCCGUUGCCAUGGUGAACACGGGGAUGCAGCUGAUCAGCUUCACCUGCGCGGUGACGGGCUGGAUCAUGGCCAUCGCCGUGACGGCGCUGCCGCAGUGGAAGGUGUCGGCGUUCAUCGGGAGCAACAUCCUGACGUCGGAGAUGAAGUGGGAGGGAAUCUGGAUGAACUGCGUGUACCAGACCACCGGACACAUGCAGUGCAAGACCUACGACUCCAUGCUGGCGCUGCCGCCCGACAUCCAGGCGGCGCGCGCCCUCAUGUGCCUCGCCAUCUUCAUGGGCUGGCUGUCCUGCACCGUGUCCUGCUGCGGCAUGAAGUGCACCACCUGCGCCGGCGACGACCGCCGCGCCAAGGCCGGCAUCGCGCUGGCCGGCGGCGUGCUCUUCAUCCUGACGGGGCUGUGCGUCCUCAUCCCCGUCUCCUGGACCGCCAACACCGUGGUGCAGGACUUCUACAACCCCAACGUUCCCAUCAUGCACAAGCGGGAGCUGGGCCAGGCCAUCUACCUGGGCUGGGCCGCCGCCGUCAUCCUGAUGAUCAGCGGCGCCGUCCUGAGCAGCACCUGCCCGCUGAUGGAGCGCGGCGGCCGCUACCGCCGAGGGUACAUCGGCAGGAGCUUCGCCAACUCGCCGGCGCCGGAGCCACCGAAGCCCAUCACCUCCAACAGCCUGCCGAUGAAGGAGUACGUGUAGCGGGAGGAAGAGGAGGAGGAGGAGGAGGAGGAGGAAGAGCAGGAGGAAGAGGAGGAGGAAGAAAACGAGGAAGAGGAGG